GCCCUGCAAGUGUGGCGCGUGGAAGUGGUAGUUGCUGCCAGACCUCGAUCUUGUUUCACAACGCACCUGCCUUGAUGAUUUUCGGAUCAGAGCUGCGAUGCAUAUCGCUUUCCUUUGUUCUUUCGUGUUAUUGAAGUAAAACCGUCAAAUUGGCGGUUGGCUAUUUCAAAUCCCUUUUGGCCCAGCACGCCAGAAACGUGCCUCGGUCUCUUCCUGCAGGUCUGCUCAAAUCUGCCACGGCUUUCCAGGUGGCGGGGGGUAAGGAGAGAAUGGACCCCACGCCCGAAAGCAAGUCAGAGAAACCCGAGAAAUCCUAUCUUUCAGCUGCAGUAGAAUCGAUAUCCCCAUGGGGCGGUACCCGCUCUUCGACUCCGAAACCUCCCUCCGCUGCAAGAGAGGCUUCUGGUUUGAGAAGCCAGCAGGGAGGAGAUCAUACAACACAGAGCUGGAAGCAUGGAUUGAGCUCGAAGAGAUAUCCGCCGGAUUGUCCACCGUUGGCUGCUCGUUGGUUUUACGCCGUUGAUAUUCCCAAACGAAAACCCAAACUGCUGAAGAAUCAUCAUGAGGAAACAAAGCCUGCAUCACCACCCAAGAAGUUUGUAACAUUCUCAGAACAUGAUUCCAGUUCAAUUGAAUCCGCGUACCAAAAGCUGGCAGACGAAUAUGAUGAUCCGAGUAAAGACCUUCGAUCCAAAGGAGAGGACGAUGCCAGCGGAGGGCAAUCGCCGUCUGCCGCUGGGAAGAAGACAAAUACGAGUAUAAAUGAAGCGGGGAAUGAAGAGGGAGCCGGGGGAAACAUUCGAGUUCCGGUGCACGAAGACUUUCUCUUCGAUGUGGAUAUUGAACAACGAGAACUUGCUCCUGUUUUUUGGCUUGGUCCGAUCUAUGAAGUGAGACGUGGCUCGUGGUUUUUUCAGGAAGGAUCAACUCUGCGGCCCUGCGAAGAGAACUUGGCUGCUCAGUUGGAGGAGGGUUAUCUCAAAGUCAAACCUUUCCGGUAUCCCAAAGCUCCAGAGAAGCCCACCUCUAGACCAGCAUCAACGAAGCCGGGCGAAGAUCCCAAAUCUCUAUCUUUUUCGGGGGCUUUUGGUCGAAAUCGAGCGGGUUCUGGGGAGGUUACUCCCAAGGCCUCUGUGGAAACCCUACGAGCGGCCAAUCAGCAAGCACCUGACGAUGCCACAAACGCUUUGAAGGAUGUCCCAGUUCCUUCUGGGACAUCCCUUCAGCAUCAACCGCAAACCUAUCGGCUCUUCGGUUCCUGGAUGAACAGCACUGUAACCUAUGAAAAUCCCUCGGUUGCUUGGCUUUCUGCAGACAGUCUCAUGAGCCGUGUCUCAUCAACUGUGUAUCAAAAGUUUGCAGGUGGUGGUUAUUUAGGUGGUGUCAAACUCGUCCGUGGAUAUGAUGCUGGAAAAGCCAAGGAACCGGGUGCUGACAAAACUCCGUCGACACCUACUAGUGCAGCCACUAAAGGAUCCAACAUGCCUCCAUCCUUGCAACUCGAUGAACGCCAACAGAGACUCCUGAAAAGGAGAUCUGCACCCCCGAGUACAUCCCGACCAGUACCCGGCCCUGAAGACCAAGCAACUGCGGUAAUGUCGUCUCUAGGUGACGAGGAUAUCGAGGCAGAAGCCGUAAGGAGAAGAGACGAAAAGGAGAUUCAGAACGAUUACAACGACCGGAAUGGUGAGAACCAAGGAAGAGAGAUCGAGCAUUUGAUAUUGGUUACCCAUGGCAUUGGCCAGCGGUUAGGCAUGAGAACCGAAUCAGUAAAUUUUAUUCACGAUGUGAAUGUGCUCCGUCAAACUCUCAAGAGCGUUUAUGAAAGCUCUGCAGACCUUCAAGCCCUCAACGCGGAGAUUGACAAACUACCUAAAAAUUGCCGCAUUCAAGUCUUGCCAGUCUGCUGGCGUCAUCUACUGGAUUUCCCCCAAAAAAGCGUCCGCCAGGCUAGAAAGGAACAUGACAUUGGCGAUGCCUUUGGUGAUGAAGAAGAAUAUCCAAGCCUAGAGGAUAUUACCGUUGAAGGCGUACCUUUUGUGCGGUCUCUAAUUACAGAUUUAGCUUUGGACAUACUCCUCUACCAAAGCGCAUAUCGGGAGCACAUAAGCAACAUCGUUCUUGCUGAAUCUAAUCGUAUUUACAACCUCUUCCGGGAGCGUAACCCAGAAUUCAAAGGCAAGGUCAGUCUCAUAGGCCAUUCGCUCGGAUCGGCGAUCCUGUUCGAUAUUCUGUGCCGUCAGAAAGAAGCCCCGAAGAUUCCCACCUCAGUCACGCACCAGAAUCACUAUAAGAAUCAGCGCCCAGCUACCAACAAGUCUAAGUUAAAGGACUUGGAAUUUGACUUUGCAGUGGAGGAUUUCUAUUGCCUAGGAUCUCCCAUUGGCCUUUUCCAAAUGUUAAAGGGACGGAACAUCUUGGCCCGCCAUUCUCGAGAGGAUGCCCUGCCCGCUGAAUCCCCUAUGGAUCCCGAAUAUAUGGCGGAUCCGUUCUUGGCUGCUUCCUCCACACCGGCCUGUGCAGGUGAGAACAUUUCGAGCAUUACAGGGCUACCUCUUACCAUUUCAUCUCCGAAAUUGUCCCAACUUUACAAUAUCUUUCACCCAUCAGAUCCCAUUUCUUACCGAUUGGAGCCUCUUAUCUCCCCAGCGAUGUCGUCUAUGAAACCUCAACUUCUUCCAUAUACGAAAAAGACAAUUGCCGCAAGUGUUUCCGGCAUUGGCGCCAAAGUCGGGCAAAGCGUAAGUGGAUUGUGGUCAAGUCUGAGUUCAGGCAUCGCAAGCAGCCUGUUGAACCGCAGCCUCGGUCUUACAAGCGACGAUGUUGCACGAAUGGAAUCUCCAAAUGUACCACGAAACACAGGCACAUCGCAAUCCGUUGGAGCUGGGACAAAUAUAUCAGGCGGCGGAGUUAUCUCGGAUAUUCCCACUCUUCAAAGAGAAAAUACAAACGAGAAGAUGAGACAACUUGCUGAAGAUACAGCCGCCAAGGAUAGAGAUGGUUCUGGUGCCAAUGCUGCAACACUAAUUGAUGACGAAAUCGAGACGCUCUACGCUGGGUUUCAAAAACGGCGGAAGAGCCACCAAACCGACCACCCAUCCCAGCACGAAUGGUCCGAAGCCGAAGAAAAAGGCAAGAAGCUCCGGAGAGAAGAGGCCAAAGUAAGAGCCUUGAAUCAGAAUGGUAGAGUCGACUAUUGUAUCCAAGAGAGUGUCUUGGACUUCAAUCCGAUAAAUACUAUUGCAUCGCACUUAAGUUAUUGGGCUGAUGAGGAUGUCAGCCAUUUUAUGAUGUCCCAGCUAUUGUCACGGUAUCGAAAUUUCGUACGAAUGGAAAUAAAAAAUCAGAGGUAGACGGGGAAAUAGAUUAGAUUAUGGGGCGGCGUUCGUGGUUGUAUCGGGGACUUGACAGGGGCGUUAGGUGAGUGUUGAUCUGUGGUAGCAUUCAAUGAAAAUUGAGCUUGCCUCCAUUGAUGAGAUUUUCCACAACGAGCAUAUUCAA